AUGACCCACCAACACCUGAAUCUGCAGCUCCCAAGCUCGCCAAUGCCUCAGGCCAGUUCUUCAGGGCCUACCACCCCUGCAGAUCCACAACCUCAACCUGACGCAACAGACCAACCAGCCAAGACAGGCAGAGAUGCAACUCGCACCAGGACUGCAGCAAUGAGGCAAUCAGCUAGAAUCGCAAACAUAGGUGCCAACACAGAAGACACAGCAGCUGCCCAAGGAAGCUCUUCCAAGGUAACACCACUACCUGGUGCCCCAGCUAAAGCUGCAGCCAAGCCAGCAGCAAAACCGUCGGCCAAGCAGGCCGCCCCAAAACAAGCAGCCCCAGCCACUGCGCCUCCCGCACCAAGUCCCCAAUCUCCACCCACUGCAGCACCAGCGCAGCAGACAGCUGACAUAGCAGCGUUGCUCACCUGGAUCGCACAACUUGAGCAAGAGCAGGCAGCAAGGAACACUCAACCCAUAGAGCCCCCACCCAAGGCAGCCAACCCCACGCUUUUCACGUCCCCAGAAGAGGUAGAGAAAGCAAGAGCUGCUAUCAUUGCAGCCAAGAAAGACGAGCCCAAGGUCUCCCUUCCUGACGUGGUUCCAGGAUUCAAAGUGAACCCCCUCGAUACUGGUGAGAGUCGCCCCCCACAUCACAAAUUGUUUAGAGGCUUCGAGCCACACGCACCUAGGGUCAGCGAUCAGUGCCUUGGGUCCCACCCAUUCAAUCCAAGGCACUCGAAUACAGCUGCGUGCCUGAGUGCACUUGGCAUCAACACUGAGCUGAAGGCCAGUGCGACUGUUCCGCCCAAGGUCAACGAGGCUUUCAAGGCCUUCAAAUAUGUGCUGUAUAGCACACUCACCUCAUCAGCCUGGUGGCAAGCAAUAAGGAGCAGCAAAGAAGCCUUCACCAUCUCCGCAUCAGGCUCACUGAUGGCCAAAGGUCUGGAUCGCAGAAAUGAGAGAAGCAUAACACUGUCAGACUGGAUUGGAGCAACUGAUGUGGCAGAGGAUCGCACUGAACACUACCAUGUGAUUGCAUGUGUGAAGGCACUGAAGGCACACCACAGCAUGGUCCUAGGACUAAGCUGUUCCCACUCAUGGGACAUUGCAGUUGAAUACGACAUCCAGCAAUGCAAAAUGGUAGCGCAACACCCACAACACGACCUAUCCCAGCUAGAUGACAGAGCGCUAACAAUAAUCGCGACUCGCAUAGUUACCAGGCAGCCCGCCGUCACGGCGUCAUAUGGCUCCAGUGCUUUCGGUGCAGAGGAGCAGACCACCUACCAGGGUGACUGCACAGCAGAGUCAACUGUCACUGGGCACCCAACGGCCCAUAUCGCAUCCUCAGCCAAGAGCGCACAUGCCCUCACUGCCCCAGGCGGAAAGAUUUUCUGCAUCAGCUGGGCAAGAUUUUCCAGCUGCCACUUUGCCAAUGCCUGCAUCAACUACCACGGAUGCAGCAUAUGCGGAGACACUGCCCAUGGUGCAGGAACCUGCAGAGCAACCAGGGCUAGAUCCUAG